AAUGUAUUACUAAUUAUAAAUGUUCUUGCUUAUUUUCUGCUGCAAGUGAGAAUUAACCAACCACCAGUUGACCCACACUCUCAUUUGUUUAAAAUUUUAGGGGUUAAUGGUGAACCUGUCAUUAGAAGAAGCAAUGUGGAAGUGCAGUUAAAAAUAUACAAUUUUAAUGAUAUGAAGAGAGCUACACAAAACUUUCAUUUGCGCAACUUCCUGGGUGAAGGAGGUUUUGGAAAAGUCUAUAGGGGUUGGGUCGAUGAAAAGAUACUUGAACCGUGCAAUCCUGGUAAAGGAAUUUCUGUAGCCAUCAAGAAACUUGAUCUUGGAGGCAUGCAGGGCAAUGAGGAGUGGAAGGCGGAAGUGAAUGUUUUGGGAAGGUUAUCAUCUCGUCAUCCUAACUUGGUCAAAAUGUUUGGCUACUGUACGGAAAAGAGACAACUCUGUCUGGUAUAUGAAUUUGUGGAGAAUGGGAGUUUGGACAAGCAUCUUUUCACAAAAGGUUCUAUUUCUAAACGGCUUUCUUGGGAUAUCCGGCUCAAGAUAGCUAUAGGUGCUGCCCAAGGCCUUGCUUUCUUGCACACUUCAAAACCGUCGAUAAUAGUGAGGGACGUCAAAUCAUCUAAUAUACUGCUUGACAAGGACUACAAUGCAAAACUGUCAGACUUUGGCUUGGCAAAGGAUGGGCCAUCUGAUUACUCCACCCAUGUCUCAACAAGAGUGGUGGGUACUUAUGGCUAUGCAGCUCCAGAAUACAUGUUAACAGGUCAUCUAACUACAAAGAGCGAUGUAUACUGUUUUGGUGUAGUGCUUCUGGAGAUAUUUACAGGAUUGUGUGUCAUUGAUAAGAAUCGGCACCCAGAACAACAAGACUUGAUUAAGUGGGCAAUGCCCUAUCUUGAUAGCAAAGGGAUAAAAUCCAUUUUGGAUGUCCAGAUCGAGGGGCAGUAUUCGUUUGUGGGAGCGGUAAAGGCAGGUAAAAUUAUUCAAAGAUGUCUGCAUAAAAAAUCCAAGGAAAGACCCUCAAUGAAGGAAGUUGUAGAAUCUUUGGAAGAAAUAGCAAAGCCAAAAAUGUCAAGCUUCUUUGGGAGACGUCUGUUCAAAUCAUAAGCCAACAACCUUUAAUCUCAUUAAACUAAAGUUAAACCUUUUAUUUUAUAUUGGUUCAGUUUGGUCG